CAAGUUGAACAGAAGUCGAGCUCGAGUUUCAGAACUUUGAGUACUGAAGGUCGAUUAUUCGAUUAAUCGGAAGUCGACUUACCUCUCCCUAUAUUGUGUUUAUUGUGUGUAUCAUAAAGCAACAGGACACCCCUGAAUUUCUGGAUUUUUGGCACAAUUUGAAAAAUGCCACCAAAGAAAAAGCAAAAGCCAAAUGCCUUUAUGGUGUUCGCUUUGGAAUGGAAGAGCAAGUAUGGCAAAGGAUUGUCAAUGGAACAAGCAACUAAGAGGGCCGGCGAAGUUUGGACGAAAAUGGAUGCCGGCCAAAGAGCUCCGUAUCAGGACAAGGCAAAGGAAGAGAAAAUAAUGACAUCCCGCAAUGCAGCUCACAAACUAACUUGCACUGGAGUUCCCGUCUCGCAAAUAGAAAAGGAAAAACUCGACCAGGAAAAUAAGGAACGUCUAAUGAAACGCGAUAUCGAAACAACGGUCAGCAGAAGUGUCCAAAACGAUGAACUAGAAAAUCAAAAUUACUUCUUUAUCAUGGUCAAUUAUUUUACGAAAACCUUAAAGGGAGGCGUUUAUGUUCCGGCCGAACUUGCUGUUUGCAAAUUUUCCCUUAAAGAGGGUGUUAGUCGUGUCUAUCAAACUCUCAUUAAUCCAGGUGUCAACAUCUACGGACACCAAUAUGAAGCUCAACAUCAUUCGGAAACAACUCACAAUUUGCCUUUGCCUCCCAACGCUCUGGGUGACAAGAAUCUCGCCAAUAUUUAUAACGAAAUUUUAAAAUUCAUACGCGACGAUGAUUCGAACAGCUAUCCGCCAAUCUACACACACCGCGACUGCAUCCACAUCGUGGAAUCUGUGCUGGAAUUUCUCAAAGCCGACAUUGGAGCAAAUAAUACCGAGCUGAAAGUGUACCCCAUACAAUAUCUGCUGUACAUCAUGAAAGAGGCCACCUGCGAAGCUGGCGAAUUGGAGAAGCCAAAGAGUUUUUAUAUAACAGAUGCAUAUUUUGAAAGAGACUUCUUUGAAUUUCAAAUUGGCAUUGGAUGCCAGUACCACGAGGACAUUGAUAAGUGUAAAUACUGCACACAAUCGUAUGUUACCCGCUGGGGCUAUAUGUUUGCCGAUUACAUGUGUGGAGACUUGGCCAUUCCUCUUAUACCUGGUCGCCAUUGUCCCAUUAACACCAACCUAAAUGCAAUCAUAACGGAAGCCCCUAGUCGGAACUAUGACGACGAAUCGAUGGUAUCUAUGAGCACCAGUUUAACACAUGUCACCAAACCAGUGGCUGGUUCAACAAAAUACUAUUAUGAAGAUCAAAAAGCAGCAGUGCCGACUGAGACUAGCAAUAAAUAUUCCAAGGUCUUUCCGUCCCUUGGUGGACGCCACGACAAUAAGAAAAAGCACAAAAUGUCACAGCCAACACCUUUGAGUUCAGGCAGUGGGGAUGACGACGAUGCAGAUCUAAAUCCUUGGAAUGUCCGCUCUCGGCGCAAUGUUCCACGCGAACCGGAUAGUUCCCACUUUGAUAUCGACUAUAGCGGCGGAAUGAAUUCAUCGGAUGCCGAUGAAUAUGGCUCAGUAGCAAGUUUUGGACGUGGGCGAGGAUCCCUGGUUAGUUCUUUCAACAAUUCCACCGUGAGUAGCUAUGGACGUGGGCGCUAUUUUCGUCCCUGAAUACAUCGUUGGUCAAUGAAUCGAAUUGCUUUAAUCAAAAACAGGAGUCUGUUCAAUAUUAUUUCCAUGCAUCGUUUUAACAUAGCUAAGCUAAAUCCAAAAAUAAAGAUUAAUCACCAAAAAUAAAGUUUAAUUCCUAAUAUGCGGCAAGGGGUGAAACACAGCCUUUAUCUGAUUAAAGAAAAAAGCUGUUUGAAUGGGUUUUAAUUAAAAUGUCAUUUUUUAUUUUGGUACAGCAUAAUUUGGUUGAUUUUUACAAAUAUCUUAUUUUAACUUUAACUCGAACAAAAGGCGUUUACAAUGAAAGCAAAAUACAAACAAAAACAUUUCCCUAUCAUAAAUUAUCUAAAAUUAAAAAAAAAAAAUGUGAAUGUUCCAUGAUGUGGUGUGUGUGUGUGUGGUUUUUGGUCUGGUGUCAAGUAUGAAAUACAUAAAAACGGAUAAGCUAUUAAUACAUGUGCUUGUCGUCCCAAAUGUUAAAACAUAUAUGUGUGUAUACUGUCAAUUAAUACUUAAGCUGAUCUUACAAACCUAAAUUAACUACAGGGGGCAUUACUGGUAUGGUAUGUUGUGUAAAACUUAUUUUAAGGAAUGAUGACCUUUGGUGAUGCUUUGAAUGAGGCAAGAAUCUUGGUUCGUAAUCAAAAGUCCUUGUUAGAAUGGUCGAUAUGAGAGUUUGUGUUAGUCUUUUAAAAAUACCGUCAUACGAAUGGUUAGUUAGAAGUUGGCCUAGCAUUGACUAUUUUAAUACAUAUUUGGUUGCUUAAAUAAUAAAAUUGAUACAGAAGUAGAAAAAAAAAAAAACAAA